AUGGGUCACCCUACUAGACUUCAGUUCUCAGCUGUCUCAGGCUUCUUUCAGCAUGACGAGGAACCAGAGGGGUCACAAUUUCGCGCUACCACAACUUCGAAUCUCGGAUUACUAGCCCUCAGAAUUCAUUCACGUGACGAAGACGUUCAGAAAAAAGAAUGGGAAAAGUUUCACGAUCGUCUACGCCAAUUGAACCAUGACGGCGUGACAAAGUACAAAUUAUUCUAUGUCAUAAGGCAUGGCGAGGGCCAUCACAAUGUCAAAGAAGCUCAGGUUGGCAGAUCGGAGUGGGAGGACGUGUUUGAGAAUGACGAAGAAGUUGUCAUCUCUCUGACUAUUCACUCUGGGGCAAUAAGGGCCCUGUAUGCUGCCAUAGAUCACAGGGAUGUCUGGGUGAGUCCCGGAGCCAUGGUGCCUGUGCUCAUCCAGGCUGAGACGGUGUAA